AUGGCACAAGAAGAAAUCCAGGAAACUCAGGAGGGAGAGGAACAAUCCGACAAUGGCGAAACUCCUACACAAGCAUCUGAGAAUGAGAAGCCAAUGGAGGAUGCUCCUGAAAAAAUUGAGGAAACCCCUCCUGCUGAGGAAGAAAACAAUGAAGCUCCCGAGCAGCAGGGGGAAUCAGGUGAUGAAGAAGGCGAGGAGGAGACAUUUGGAAUAAAGUUAGAGGCUUGGAAUGAACAAAGGGAGCAAGGGAUCUUUCCUGGUCCCCUGUAG